CAGCUGGCGAACUUCCGACACUACCAGUGCGUCAUUCAAACCCAGUGCGUAACGCCUGCCUGGGCGUGAGGCGUGUGAAAAAACAGGCACGUUUGUUAACGUGUUAGCAUGUUUCACGGUGACAACGGUUGCCGGCUGGUAAGCAUGAAGACGCAAAUCCACACGCAGCUCGGUGCGCCGCCGCACGAUGGGUCGUACGAUAACGAGGCGCUCAGCUGCUCCACGAUCGACAUAACUGCGCCGAACAGCGGCGAACCGCACGGUGGUUUACGCGGCUCGAACGAGUUCAUACUGUCCGACAGUGGGAAGAAGGUGACGGGCGAUGAUCAGACGGGCCAGCUGAACAUGUGGCUGCAGCGCAAGGCCCGGAGUGCGUUCUCGGAGAAGAUGAUUAAAAAACGGCUGCCCAUCCUACGGUGGCUACCGCAGUACAACUCCACCGACGCGAUCGGGGAUUUAGUGGCGGGAAUAACCGUCGGCCUGACGGUAAUACCCCAAGCGCUUGCCUACGCCGGUAUUGCCGGGCUUCCCGCUGCGUACGGACUGUACGGCUCGUUCCUCGGGUGCAUCGUGUACAUCGUGUUCGGCAGCUGCAAGGAUGUGCCGAUGGGACCGACCGCCAUCGCCUCGCUGCUCACCUUCCAGACGGCGGGCGGCAACGUGGGCAAAGCCAUCCUGCUCUGCUUCCUGUCCGGCGUGGUCGAGCUGCUGAUGGGGCUGCUCGGGCUGGGCUUUCUGGUGGACUUUGUGUCCGGCCCAGUCUCGUCCGGCUUUACCUCGGCCGUGUCGCUGAUCAUCGUUACCUCGCAGGUGAAGGAUGUGCUGGGCAUUAGCGCCAAGGGCACCACGUUCAUCGAGAUUUGGCGCAACAUCUUCAACGAUAUCCACAACGUGCAGGUGUGGGACACGUUCCUCGGGCUGACCUGUAUUGCGGUGCUGCUGAUCAUGCGAAUCAUUGCCGGACUGAAGGUGGGACCGCCAGACGAUGAGCUCAAGUCAAAGAACCAUCGCAUCAUCAACAAACUGAUGUGGCUGAUCGGGACGUCGCGCAACGCGAUCCUGGUGGUGGUGUGCGGUGCCAUCGGCUAUUCGUUCCAGUCGUCCGCCGUCGCACCGUUCAAGCUGAUCGGCGACAUUCCGCCGGGGCUGCCCUCGCUAAAGGCACCGCCGUUUUCGCUCACCGCGAACGAAACGAUGAGCGGGACGGAGGAGUCCUUCAUGGAGAUGGUGUCCAGCCUCGGUUCGGGACUGAUCGUUGUGCCGCUGAUCGCGCUGAUGGAGAACAUUGCGAUCUGCAAAGCGUUCUCAAAUGGAAAGCCGGUCGACGCGACCCAGGAACUGAUCGCCAUCGGGCUUGCCAACAUUGCCAACUCGUUCGUGCAGGGCUUCCCCGGUACGGGGUCGUUAAGCCGCAGUGCCGUGAACAAUGCUUCCGGCGUGCGCACACCGUUGGGCAACAUCUACACGAUGGCACUGGUCGUGCUGUCGCUGCUGUUCUUCACGCCCUACUUCUCCUACAUUCCGAAGGCGUCCCUAGCGGCCGUCAUCAUUGCGGCCGUUGUAUUUAUGGUGGAGGUUAAGGUUGUGAAGCCCAUGUGGAGGACCAAAAAGAGUGAUCUAAUUCCCGGGCUGGGAACGUUCAUUGCUUGCCUGGCCCUGCCGCUGGAGAUGGGCAUCCUGUUCGGCGUGGGGCUGAACGUGGUGUUCAUACUGUAUCACGCCGCCCGACCAAAGAUUUCCGUCGAACGACUAACGAGCCCGGGUGGUGCCGAGUAUUUAAUUAUCACGCCCGAUCGCUGCCUGAUCUUCCCCUCGGUCGACUACGUCCGCAAUCUGGUGACGAAGCAAUCCAUCCGCCAGUCGCUGCCGGUCGUAAUCGACUGUUCGCACGUGUACGGUGCCGACUUUACUGCCGCCACGGUGAUCGACAGCAUAACGCAAGACUUUGCGCGGCGCGAUCAGCCAUUGUUUUUCUACAACCUGAAGCCGAGCGUGUGCGCCAUUUUCGAGGGACUGUCACCGGCCGACUUUGUCGUGUACUACCGGGAGGAGCAUUUGGACGAUCUGCUCAAGCAGCGCGCCUACAAACCAAAGGAAGUGAUUAGCGCCUAAUGUGCCUUCGUGCGCCAACGGAGGGGGGAGGAUGCCGGACGAUAGCGAAAGCGGGUCUAGAAGUUGGGAGAGGGGGGGGGGGUUCAUUAUUGUUGUCCAACUAUUUUGAGAACAGUAUUAAGCAAAGCGAAACGAAAGCAAAAGUGCCAGAUGAUUUACCAAGGCGUGGCGCUGCCGCGCGCCUGUCCAGCCAGACGAUUGGAUUGGAAACUAUGUUCGACUUGUGGUGCCGACACGCGUUCGAGGAGCUCAAAAGUACGGAGCGGAGCGCACGGCGGUCCCAACGGGUUUGAGGUGAUUCAACGAAUGUAUAGCUCCUACGAUGUAGGUAUUAUUAUUAUUUAAAACAAUCAGAAAUACGGGCACACGCGUGCGAGCGGAAGGAGCGUUUACAUUAUUAUUAUUUAAUUAUUAGUAACACGAACAUGUUCCACGAUUGGUUAGAGCUUAGCGAGUAAGGGCACACAUGUUUUAGUAUGGCCUAAUAAUGUAAAACAAAACAAAAAACACCAUUGGCAUCCCGACGAAUAUGAGUACUUAAGUACCGAACAUUAGAGGUAUUUUGUUCUACGAAUCUGAACACUAAUAAAAUGAUCCAAUAGAAAAUGGA